AUGUCCAACCACGCACUGGGCGGAUCGUUCAAUUAUGCGGCGCCUUCGCCGCCGAUCGAGGCGAUGAUCGAGGGCGCCUCAUAUCCAUCCACCACGAUUCCGAAGACGGAAGAUUCACCCAUUCCCUCCCGGUCGACCUCACUGGGUGCAGAGGGCCUUAUCAGUGAGAACGUCGAGGGCAAUGGGCCGACGACCGCGGGGCGGAAGCGCAAGCUGAACAGCACCUCGUCCAGAGGCGUGGCCAAUCUCACACCCGAUCAAUUGGCGAAAAAGCGUGCGAAUGAUCGGCAGGCACAGCGUGCAAUUCGCGAACGCACAAAGUCUCAUAUCGAGACUCUUGAGCAACAGGUUCGGGAUCUUGCAUCGCAGAAACCGGUCUUGGACCUGCAGGCUGCACUUCAGCACAAUGAGCGCAUCCGAUCGGAGAACAGGGAGCUUCGCCAACAUCUAAAGUCGGUCAUGGACAUCAUACAGCCCUUGCUAGCUAGACCAGAGGCUUCAGAUCUCCCUCCCGUCCUCACCCAACCGAGAUCGAUCCCCCCAGUAUCCCAAACCCCUCCUUUCCCCGAAAGCGACCACAUAAACACAAACAACCAAUCUACGGCUCAAGGCGAUAGACUAUAUGCCGAGUCUGUGACCAGCGCCGACACACCCUCCCCCACUCAAUCCGGAUCGGCUUCGGGCAGCCGACGCAAUAGUCACAAUGGAACCCUCCAACCGGCUGCAUUCCGUGCCGCGCUCGACUCCCAACGGCAUAACAUCGCUCAUGGAUUAGACUUAGGCACAGAGGAGCGGCUAGGAUUUAAUUUCCUCCUCGAUCCUUCGCAGAAUGUCCCAAAAGUUGACCGACUGCGACGGAGCACUUCAGAGAACUUCCGUUCUGCUCAACCCUCGCCAGCGCCGCUCUUCAUGCAGCAGUUGCAUUAUCCAGCCGAUCAGAUACCGGCUUAUGCAACUCCUAUCAGAAAUUCAGGACCUACAUGUACCCUGGAUAGCAUUUUGCUUGACUUCCUUCACAACCGGCAACGUGAAGCCGCGGAAGGGAUUCCGCGACAGAAGCUCGUGGGACCACCCUACCCAAGUGUCUCUUCACUACUGAACCCUGAGAAGAGUGCACACUCACAUCCUCUCUCCAAAGUCUUUACGGAUAUUUUGCGCACAUUCCCUGAUAUCUCCGCUCUCCCUGUGCAGGUCGCCGUGCUUUACACAAUGUUCCUCUUGAUGCGCUGGCAAAUCUAUCCCACGCAAGAGAACUACGAUCGACUACCUGAGUGGCUGACACCACGUCCUACGCAGCUGCUUCAAGCCCAUCCCCCAUGGAUGGACUACGUUCCGUGGCCUCGAAUGCGAGACCGACUGGUGACGUCCCACCGGGACUACCCGUUUGAGAACUGGUUCAUCCCAUUCACACGAGACAUGGACGUGAACUGGCCCUACGAAGCUACCGACUGCUUGCUAUCAGCCGGCGACUCAGAGGAACUUAUCAUCAAUCCCGUCUUUGAACGCCACAUGCGGAGCCUCAGCAAUUGGUCUCUGGGUCCGCACUUUGCAGAGGCGUACCCCGGAUUGGUUGAUACUACGCGAAUCAGACCGGAGCCGGGUAAACCGCAUUGCUCGACUCCGAUAUAG